CACAAGCAUUAUGUAUGGCUUUGAUAUUUGUCUCAAACAGCAAAAACGCGAAUGCAGAAAGCCGUGGAUUAGCACUUGAAGAUGAAGUUGUCUCAAUUUACAGCAAAAACUUCACAAAUAUUCCCAAGGACAGGGAGCCAUUUUAUGUAAAGGUACAUCGAUGUGUACUCAACAUGACAGACGACGGUUACAAUGUUCCAGGUCUCGAAUAUUAUCCCCAACCCACAAAAAUGAAAGAAAUUGAGAUCGUCGUUGCUGAUUUAAAAAGCUACAAGAAGUUUUAUAAAUAUAUUGUCUACGAUCACAUUUCUUGUAACUGGAAGAAGUGGUUAGGCCAGCCAAUGAACUUUGAUUUACACAAGAACCUUACUUCAAACGAAAUUAACGAAACAGAAUUUAAAUCUAAGGUUAAAUACAAUCCACCAAACGUGAGAGGAUGUAAUGACUACUGCAAGAAUCAACAGCCACGUUUUAAUGUACACAGUGAACCCAUGGCAGUUAAUAUAGAUCAACUUUUCAUACCAUUCAAACAAUGCCUGCCUGGUUGCAAAGCAACAGAGAACAUUCGCAAUGCUAGCACGAAACUCAAAAAUGGACAUACAUCUUGCGCAUUCUUGCGCAUUCUAUAAGCAUUUAAAGAUCAUAAGACAUACAUCUUGCAAUCCUUGGAGCCCAUCUACGCAAUCACAAACCGAUAGCAAUUUACUGGCUGUUUUAAACAUCUCGAAAUCACACAGUUUGAAUAAACAUCAAAGGGGAAGUGAUGAAGGUAUGAAUCUCUAUGAUAUACUUGUAAGAAAAAACAAAGCAAAGUUA